AUGCCUGGAUGCAAGUGCGCCAAGAUCGGUUACUUGGUCGUGCUGUCAUUCCAAAAUGUGUUUCAUACUCUGGCUAUGCGAUAUUCACGCGCAGAAUAUCGGAUUAGAUAUUCUACCUCAUCAGUUGUCAUACUAAGCGAAAUCGUGAAAUUCUUAAUUUCAUCCCUUGUGUUGUUUCACGAUGGUCUAAUUAAACGCACCAUCAGUGGCAUUUACUAUGACACCCAUGACUUUCUCGGAACUUGCGUUCCAGCUUUGAUUUAUGUUAUACAAAACAAUGUUAUACUUUUUGCACUAAGCUGUCUAGAUGCAACUGUGUUCCAAAGAAUUCAGGUGACGUAUCAGUUGAAGCUCCUCACGACCACGAUGUUCUCGGUUCUGUUUUUGCACAGAAAUAUUAGUUUUGUCCAGUGGAUGUCACAGAUUGUCCUCUUUAUUGGCGUAGCCGUUGUACAGCUACAAGAUUAUACGGCGCAAUCCUCAGCACCUACCUCACUUGACGCCUCAGGUGCUGCGGGCUUAAUGGCCGUCCUCUCUGCUUCAAUUUUGUCCGGGUUUGCUGCUGUCUAUUUCGAAAAGAUCCUUAAACAUUCACCGAAAUCGCUUUGGACUAGAAACUUUGAGCUCUCAUUGGCAUCAAUUGCUAUUGCGCUGGUCGCUCAAGCCAUAAGCGAAGGCGGUAGGGUGAAGGAAAAUGGGUUUUUCUAUGGCUUUGACUGGCUGGUUUGGACUACUGUUGGUCUCCAAUCCAUCGGUGGCAUCCUCGUUGCCCUUGUCGUUAAGCAUGCGGACAAUAUUUUAAAAGGUUUUGCGUGUUCGGCCUCAAUAAUAAUCACCUGUGUCAUCUCUUUUGUCUUCCUCAACUCCAGUCUCUCUUGGACUUUCCUCUUCGGUACCGCUUGCGUGAUUCUCGCUGUCUUCCUCUACUCCCUCUUCCCCGUACCGCUAGGCAAGUCACGAAGGAUGCUGGGUUUGAGUUUGAGUUUGCGCUUUCACAGCGCGGAGUUGCGCACUAAUUUGAUGCAACUUAAAUCUUCAAUCAGACCGAUAAUUUAUCUUAGCGACAAGCGCCGCGUAAUGCAGUUAAAGGUGUGCAGAUUACUCAUUGGUCAUGGCGGUCCUCUGAUCCUUGCUGACAAUGAUAAGCUCAUACGUCUCUGGGCAAAACUUGGGAUCGUUGCUAGCACAAUUAUUUUCGGAGCUCAACUGCCUCAGCCAAGGUCUGUUUUGGGUGAAGAAAUGGUCUGCUCUGGAUUCUUAGUACUGAAUGUGAAAUGGAGAAGAAAUUAG